AUGAGGUUGUUCACUGGCCCAACACCUGAAGUUUUGCUUAUUCACAUGCCCACUCAAAUGGAAGUCCGCCUCGUCGCUGAAGAGAAGACAGUCCAAAAGUUGAGGGCCGUUCUCAAUACGCUCGCUUAUCGUCUGGCCAAACUCGUAGCGUUCGGUGUUGUUGGAAAAUGUCUUCUCUCUCUCUCUCUCUCUCUCUCUCUCUCUCUCUCUCUCUCUCUCUCUCUCUCUCUCUCUCUGAUUAUUUCAGAGGAAUCUCACUGUGACGAAACAAUUUUCAUUGGGCUUAAUGUGGUACCAGACGAAAUUAAGGCAUUCCUUCUCUGUCUUUCCUUUGAUCUCCUCCCUUUUCACACACAUCGCUCCCGAUUUCUGCUAUUUGUUUGUUUCUCUCUAAACACUAAUUCUCUUCCUUCCUCUUUUUCUCUCGCACACACGUCACUCUUACUUUCUUUCUUUGCUCCUUUUUCUCAGACUGCUUUCAUCCUCAUCACCCUCUGUUUUGUCUCCAUCGCCACUUUUCUUCCUCUCACUUUACCAUCCCACGCUCUCUGA